AUGUCGGGCAAGCAAAUAGGUCCAGUCCUGAAGGCCUGGUACCAAUGGAAAGCCCUGAGGUUACCGUGGAGGAAACGGUUCCUCGUCGGACUCGACCUGCAAGGCAACACAUACUGGGAGUUCAAACUCCAAAGAGGCGACGACACAUCAGGACGCUUCCGGCGCAUAGUCAACUACUCGCGAUCGACACACUACAGCGAAGUCAAGGUCCCGCCGCAGUGGCACCAGUGGCUGCGAUACCAGCGCGAGCGCCCGCCCAGCCUACAGGAGCAGUCGGCCGACGUGAUGAGACAGGAGCGCAUGAAGGUCCUCGUUGCCGAAGCCGACGCGAGAUGGGACGCAAAGCCCAGCUUGAUAGAUAUGCCGGGCAAAGAGAAGGGACAGCCAGUGCCGCCGCUUAAUACAGGGAAGACACAACCACAGGAGCAGGCUGCGCGGGCUGGGGGUCGGGAACAAGAGGUGCAAGACGCUGUGAAGCCGAAAGAAAACCCCUGGAAGCGUGCAAGAGGUGGGCCAAACGAGACAUGGCAGCCGGCGCCAUGGACGCCGACCUCAGCAAGGAAGAGAGAGGUAAGGGGCAAAUUGUCAUGA